CAAAGUUCAGGGUUUUUUCUAAAUAGUUUAAAGCAAAUUCUUGGUUUGUUUAGGGCAAAUUAAUCACUCCAGAAAGUUUGAAGGAAGUCAGCCAAAGACUAACACAGACAGACUUUUGGUUUGGCGAUUGGAAGCAUAAACAGCCAUCCUGCUGUCUUUGAACCAUCCUAUGCUACGUUUUUGUUUUGACCAGCACAGGAAGAGGGGUGAGCUACAAUGUGCACUGGAAAGUGUUCAAAGUGCAUUGGGGUCGUGUUGUUCCCAUUAGCUGUAUGUGCCAUAAUCUCCAAUCUUCUCCUGUAUUUCCCCAAUGGAACUGUUAUAAAGCCCGACCAGAUAACUGAUUUGGUUUGGUUUUUCCAUGGCAUUCUUGGAGCUGGGAUACUGGUUAUUUUGCCAGCGUUUAUGAUGCUGGGCGCAGGUGGAGCUGGAUGUUGCGCUAACAGAUGUGGGAUGCUGCUCUCUGUGCUGCUGGCUGCGCUGGGAGCUGCAGGAGGGGUAUAUUGUGUGGUCAUCUCAUCCUUGGGAUUAAUUAGUGGGCCUCUUUGUGACACUGGUGAUGGACUCUACAUCUACCCUUUCCGGAAUGACACAUUGACAGACAAUUAUUUGUUUAAUCAGACAACAUGGAGCAUUUGCAAAGAACCUGAAAACGUUAUUAUGUGGAAUAUUGUCUUGUUCUCUCUUCUCUUGGGGAUUGGUACAAUUGAAGCUGUUCUUUGCUUUAUUCAAGUCAUCAAUGGACUUAUUGGAUUCAUAUGUGGCACAUGCAUGAGGAAAAGAAAGACACAUAUUGCUGGAAUGUAAAUCACCUACAAAGAAUGCUAGUGACAAGCAUAGACCUGCGAGGAUUCACGUAUAAUCAUAAUGUGUUGUGCUGUAUUUGUGGGGAGAGAGGGACCUCAAGAUGUUCAGGAGUUUCAGAACAACUCCAGAAUAUUUUAUAAAGAUAUCUGGAUGGGGGGUGGAUUAUCUAGAACUUUUGAGGUCAAAGAUUCUUUUUUGUCUCCUCUAAGUACCCAGACUAAAUCUCUGGUAUUGGCAACAUGAUGCUGUCUUUUCAAGAGUGCCUGGCAUAUAUAAACAUUCAAUCACAAACAUUCUCCAAUUAAAAUUCACUGCUUACCCCGCAAGUGCUGCCCUAUGUAGUAAGCAUGUCACUUUGAAGUGCUGACUGUUGUAUAUGGGAAUCUGGACUGAAUGUAAUCAUUGCCAAUAUAAAGAUUUAUCAGCUUUACUGAAUUCAUCCAUGCUGGUUGGAUGUCUAAAGUUGCUUAUUAAUACUCCCCAAACCCUGUCCUGGCCCUGUGUAAAACUGGAAUGGAUUCUCUGGCAGUGCUCUGUCUAUGUUUGCAGUGUCGUUGUAACCGUGUUGGUCCCAGUAUAUUAGAGAGACAAGGUGAGUGAGGUAAUACCUUUUAUUGGACCAACUUCCGUUGGUGAAAGACACAAGCUUUCGAGCUUACACAGAGCUCAUCUUCAGGUCAUGCUCUGUCUGUUUCUAUCACUUUGGUACAUAAGCACUGGUCUUCAGUCAUUUAAAGGUCUGGCUCAGAAAGGGUAUUUUCAGGACCUAGCAGUAGCAAUGUUGCUUAAAUAGUUCCAAUAUUUGUAGCACAUGGAGGCCCUGUGUAGCAGGCAGUUGGCCAGUAUCUAACCUGCUUUAACCUCUGUGGAGCCAGCCUCCACUCACACUUCUGUGUGUGCUGUAGUAGGCUGUGGUGGUCUAUAAAGUGCCAAUGCUCCACUGAAAAUCAACACUUCAAAGGCAUGUUAUAUAGCAACCAACUAGUCAAUAACUAGCCUCCUAAAAAUGUCAGACUCACUUCCAGGGGAGUCUGAUAUGAACAUCCUAGUGUAGAACAUUUUCAUACUCAGUAUUUAAUUUUUUUUAAAUUGCAUUUCUGAUCAUUCUUGUGCACGCUUUUCUGAGAAGCUAGCCCCAAAUGGCAUCAUUCUCAGUACUACAGCAAGCAUUGAACCCACAAAGUGCUGCGUGUGAGAUCAAGCCCUAAAUGCUAAAUCCGUGUGAUUGCUAAAAUCUGUGAUUUCAGGAGUGAAUUCUUUGUCAUUUUAUUGGCCACUUCAAAGGUUACUUCCUACAGUUGCCACUGAUUCUUCUGCUUAAGACAAAAAGUAGUAAGAUAUUUUACAUAUAUAUCAGAAGCUCUUCAAAACUGCAUAACUGUAAAGUUAGGUUACUUUGGAUCUGUUUUGCAAAAGGAGAAACCUUUGUUUCCUCUUUCAAAAAUGUUUUGACUACGGCAUUUGAUCACACAAACGGGCAUUUUUCCCUGUGCCCAUUAGGAAUUUGCACACAGAAGUAUCCGGUCACUUGUGCUGUCACCUGACAUAUGCAUGCAGAUCCCUCAUUUGAACAAAUAAAUGCUGGUUAUGUUCAGGCAACAGGUGUAUUUUAGGGGGUGCAACUUAAGCACCAAUAUUUGAAAUUUUUGCCCAUCAUGUUUUAAAGUAUAUUCUCUUAAAUAAAAAGCAUGAGAGAAAUACACAGGUUGGCCGAGGUUUUCAAACACAAAUAAAGGAUUUGGAUGCAUCCAAAUUCUUUAAGUGGCUCCGAAAGUUCCACCUUCACAUGCAGUGAAGUAUGCAAGGGGCUAUGAUCAGAGAUGAGGGUCACAGUACUACUGUCCCUUUUACUGCAGCAAGCUUUUUAUUUUAAAACUGCUGAAAAAUGAAAUAAAAUGCGGCGCUUUCUUUGGCUAAAUUGUGUAAAUUUUGUCCUUUCACUGCAUGAAAACCCACUGCAGAUUACCCUACAUUUUACAAUGUAAAUGGGUUGCUUAUUAUCAUGUCCUGAGAAAUGUACUGCUGCUGUAGAGUGACCUGUAUGAACGUUCUUCUAGUGUAUUAAACCCUUUGAGCCUGAUUCUCAGUUACACUAAGGGGCCAUAGUGUAACUGAGAAUUCAGGCCUUUGUUCCUAGCACUUCAGCAGUGCUUCACAGCCAGUGUGCGAUCAAAUGGUUCACAGCCACUGUGCUGCAGCCAUUCGUUUAUGCAGACAGAACCUGCUAGAAACCAGCUCCUUUCACCCACCUCUCCUCUUCACGCAGGUCCAUGUGUCUGCCCCACCCUACACAAGUGUCAUGAAGGCCCUCUCCUAGGCCAGCUGGCCUGACCCUCGCCUGACUUUAAGCCGAUUCCCCUUUCCUUGCACCACUCAACUCUCCAGACAUGCCCUUAGUGCUGCUUGCUUCACUACUGCCUGCCUGCUUCAGCAGCAUUUACUAUCUGCUACUCCCACUCUCCUGUUUCUUGCCUACCCCUCUGCUCUGGCUUCUGGCUGCUCCUGCUCCUAGACUCACCCUCCUCCAUCACUCCAGCUCUGACACAGCCAAUCAUCAGCCACCUGACCACCCCGCACCCACUCUACCCCAACUAGCCUCCCACUUAAUGCUAUUUCUCCCCACCUCCCAAGGAAACCAGACAUUAACUGGCUGGAACAGGUUACACUCUAUUAUGAAGAGCUGCCUCGUUAGAUGUUGUUGCUUCAAAUGAGUUUCUGCAGUGGAAGCAAAGUAAGUGAACAGGCGGCUUGCUGCUAAGAGUUCGGUUGCAAAGAGGGGAGAUGUUAGGGAAAAGCCUAUCUUGAAUAUGGGUCAGGCAGGAGCUUUGGCACAGGGGAACUGCUUUGUAUGUGUAGCUGUGACAAUGAAACUUGGGAGAACUUAUUGGAAAAGCGUUUUCAAGGAAAAGCUGCUUUGAAACUCAUGUAAAGAAACAAUAACUAAUUAGACAACUCUUCAUAAAACACUAUAAUCUCUUACAUUGCAUCACAGCAAGGAGGAAGGAUAAAACAAUCACUAACAAACUCUACUGAGCCUGUAGGAAAAACGUUAACUCUGUUAACAAGGGAACCUAGACUCUGUCGGAACUGGGCAAAUUAUUCAUUGUGAAUACAAUUUCUUUGCAAAUUUACCCUUUUCUUCUGUUUGCAAAUUAUUCCUGUGCUGACCCUGACUUCUGUCGCUUUUUUCAUUCUUCAGAUGUAUUUGUCAAGUAGUUUAGGCAAACAAAUUUCAGCCUAUCAGAUAUUCAUGAGGAAUCUACUAGGACUGGUCACUUGAGUCACAUGGUAUCAUUUCUGCUCCCUGAUUGGAUGACUGAAACUUUUUAAACAGGAGGAGAAGAGAUGAUGAAAAAAACACACUUCUAAUGUUCUGAUGAAUAUACAGACACUGUGGUCACUAGUGGGGAGUAGGGUUGCCAACCCUCCCAGUCUCGCCGUGAGUCUCCCAGAAUCAGGCUCUAUCUCCUGGAAGCUAUUGAAGCCAAACCAGGAGAUUUUAGGUGCUAAAAGUCUGGCGGCGCAACGGGGCUAAGGCAGGUUCCUUGGCUGCCCUGGCCCCGCACUGCUCCCGGAAGAAGCCAGCAUGUCCCUGAGGCCCCCGGGGCAGGGCAAGGGGUCUCUGCACGCUGCCCCCACCCUGAGCACCUACUUUGCAGUUCCCAUUGGCCGGGAACUGCGGCCAAUGGGAGCUGCGGGGCUAGUGCCUGCGGGUGGGUCAGUGCACGGAGCCUCCCUGCCUCCACCCCCACUUAAAAGCCGCUGCCAGAGGGAUUUGCUGGUCAUUUUCGGGAGCCACCCAAGGUAAGCGCCUCCCACACCCCAACUCCCUGCCCCAGCCCAGAGCCUGCACCCCACACCCAAACUCCCUCCCAGAGCCCGCACCUCCUCUGCACCCCAACUUCCUGCCCCAGCUUGGUGAAAGUGAGUGAGGGUGGGGGAGAGUGAACAACAGAGGGAGGGGGGAUGGAGUGAGUGCGGGUGGGGCCUAGGAGAAGGGGCGGGGCAGGGCAAGGGUGUUUGGGUUUGUGCGAUUAGAGAGCUGGCAACCCUAGUGGGGAUGAAACCUAGGUCUUUUAGCACCAAACCCACAGGCUCUACCAUUUUACCUGAAGGAGUAACUCCUUCAGCUGUGAGUAUGUAACAGGCUGUUAUAAUUGCUGGGGCCAGCUAUUAGAGGGAGGCACAAUCACACACCACAGCCAGUGCAUUACACGCAUAUUUCUGAAACCUUCAGCAAUCGUGAAGUUUAAAUGAAUUCCCAGUAGCCACUCAAACACUUGAGAAUGAUUAAUAUUAGGGCCCUGUACAUGACUGUGAACCAAACCCAACAUUUUUAUUCACAAAAAUAUAUGCCAACUACUUUGUGGCUUAUUUGACCAGCUCUUCUCCCAGCUCAGGAAUAGUCUGUUAGAGCCAGGCAACCAGACAUCAAAGGGAAGAUGGCAGCCCCUCGAUUCAGAUAGUCGGAAUCCACAUGGCUAUUGAAGACAGUUUCUCUGACCUCGGACAACUCCGAGUGCGAUGUCGUUAUUAAGAACUGGUAUAGCCAGGAGAUCAAACAAUUCCCUCACGUAAAGGGGUCAGGGAGGCAGAUCAGUGAUUACACAAGCAUGUAUUCAGAGUGUGAGAGAGAGAAUCCAGCAGACAUGUGCAAGCUCCAGGGGUUCUACUGACCUUAACAAGCCUAAAACGUCCAUCCUGAUCAGCUCACAUAAACAGUCACUGAAGGUUUUGCUGCCUGGUGACCGUCUCUAUGCACAAGUCAGCCCUGCUUGUGCCAGCACUCAGAGAAAGAAACUGACCUGUUUGAUCUCUAGCAUAAGUAAGAAAAGCUAAGAGUAUUUCUGUAAUCUCUCUGUUACAAGUUCUCCUGCAUUAGAGGUGUUUAAUGUAACGUGUAUGUGCUCAUGUAAAUCACUAUUUGUUUGUCUUAUCCACGGUGGGAUCAUUUGUUUUAUGAAUAUCUGUAAAUAUUAAAUAUUAUUCUAAAGGUA